AUGCAGCUAUCUGUUCGGCUGGACUACCGAGCCACUAAUAACGAAAUAGAGUAUGAGGCACUGAUAGCCGACCUACAGGCAGCUCAGUACGUGGGAGCAGUUAAAGUCCUCAUCCACUCGGACUCCCAGCUCGCCGCCCAGGAGCUGUCCAGGACAUUCGAGAUAAGCAACGCACAGUUGAGUCUCUAUGCAGAGGCCUUCGAGAAGAUGAAGACCAACUUCCAGAAAGUCAUUGUACAGAAGAUCCCUCGAUCGGAAAACCAGACGGUGGAUGAGUUAGAGUUCCAGCGAUCGGGAGUUGAACCGGUCGAUCCGGAAGAAGCCCACUUAUUGAAGAAGAGGGUUGGGCGGUUCACCUUGAUCGGCGACCAGCUUUACAAGAGAGUCUUCACUAGGCCCCUCCUUAAGUGCGUCGGAUCGGAGGACAUCGAGUACAUUUUAAAGGAGGUGCACCAAGGCUCCUGCGGAGGUCAUCCGGGCGGCCGUGCAUUAGCCCGCAAGAUACUCCUGGCCGGAUAUUUCUGGCCGACCCUUCAGGAGGAUGUCGCUCGGACGGUGGCCACCUGCUUGUCCUGCCAGAAGUAUCACAAUUUGUCGCACCGAUCGACCAAGGAAAUGAAGGCGUCAACGAACAUCAUUUGUCGGUUCGACAUCCUACGCCAACUCGUAUCCCACAACGGAAGGCAGUUCACCGGCUGGAGAUUGAGAGAAUGGUGUGAAGGCUAUAGCAUUCAACAAGCCUUCACCUUGGUAGUCUACCCUCAGGGCAACGGGCAAACCGAAGUCACCAAUCGAGAGAUCCUCAGAGUCUUAUGCACUCGGCUCGACCACAUGGGAGGCAGUUGGGUUGAUGAGCUCCUCGGUGAAUUGUGGGCUCUCCGCACAACUCCAAAGGAGGCAAUCGGCAUAACCCCAUUCCAGUUGAUGUACGGUAGCCAAGCAGUUGUCCCCGUGGAGGUCGGAGUAGAAUCCGACCAGGUGCAGCUAUACGACGAAGGGAAUCUCGAACGGAGGUUAAUGGAGCUUGACUUGGUGGACGAAACGCGGGCAAAAGCAGUAGUUCGGCUAACAAUGUACCAGUAA